ACAUUCAUACUUUCGCCUACUUCACACUUUUCACAAAUAGAACGGAAACAAAAUUCCUACUGUGUUUGAACAAUCUAUAUACAAAAAAGAAAGAUAAAGAAAGAGCAGAAAUAAAGUUGAAAUAAAUAAUCAAAGAAUUUCAACGAAAGUAAAUUUUCAUUAAAAAUUCAUAUUUAAUACAUUACGAACAGGGCACUCGAGACGAGUAGAUACAUUAUUGAACAUAACCAAGUUCGUUCGACGAUUGGUCGACGAGCGCGAAACAUCGUGCAUCUUCGGCUAUCAUCGGUUCACGAUUCUCUACGAGCUGUAUAUGUGUUGAAAGAGACAAAAAGAGAGAGAGAGAAAGAAAGAAAGAAAGAAAGAGAGAGAAAGGAACAGGAUAAAGAGGGUGAUAGAGAGCGCGCCCUUCGAUAGAAGCAAGUAAUAAUAAUAGUAGUAAUAGUAGUGUAGUAGUAACAGCAGCACCACCACCAUACUACUACACUAGGAUCACACCAUUAUACUACUACACAGCACUACCAUUACCACUACAUACCAACAAUAAUAGCAGCAGGAGCAGCAGCAGUAGCCAGCAGCACCACAGAGCACGAGCGCACGAAUACAAAUACAAAUACAACUACCAGUAACAGCGGACGACGGCGGCAGCAGUGGCAGCAGCCCUUUUCUCUUCCCCCCACCACCAGUACUCGUGAGCCGGAGCCCGAGUUAUUGCGCCCCUCCUUGGUUGGCGAGGCCGAAACGCAGGGCUCUCGUCAGUCGACGUUCGUAAAUGGCUACGUAUCGAUGUCGAGUGCCUGUAGCGAGCUCGUGAAUCGUCCUACGUGAUGACGGCUCGUCACUGAACCUCGGACGGCGAUGGGCACGCAAAAGCCGGUAGAAUGGGCCAAUUCGCUAAUUGCGCGUUUCGAGGAACAGCUGCCGUGCCGUACCGGUCCUCAAACCACUCACUCUCGCUUAAACGAAGAAAGAAACAAAAAAUGUUUGAUACAAAUAUCUCGAUAUCGUUUCUCUCUUGUGAUAUCUGGCCUCACAAAGAUGUUACAACGCGUCAACGAAAUGGCACCUUCUAUCGGAAAUCCACGUACCGAUCAAGAUCGUCAAUGUUAUGAAUCUAUUAUCAUCGUUUUGGAUACGUUAGAAAAAUGUCUUGUUAAUCAACCAAGAGACACCACGAAAUACGACGAGGCUAUGAAUGUAAAGUUAUUGCUUAGAGAGAUAUGCCAGUUUAUAGACAUACCAAAUGAUAUCCCUCAACAUGCGCAUCUUAAAAACUUGGCUAGCAAAGUACUAUUUGCCUUGAGCCUAAACUUUUUCAGCGCAGUUUUUAAUAGAAUAUCUGCCAGACUGCAAGAGUUAUCUAAUUGCGGUGAUGAAAAUCCGGAUUAUAGCGACAUCGAAUUAAUUCAGCAUAUCAACAUUGACGUGUAUAGAUUAACAAAACUUUUGAAUGAAACUAUACAAAAAUUUAAACAACUCAAGAAAUCUGCUCAUCUGGUUCUUAUGAAUUCAUUGGAAAAAGCAAUUUGGAAUUGGAUGGAUACUUAUCCGCAUGAAUUUGCUGAUAUUCAAAGGAGACCUAACGAGGAUUUGGCUAAAGCAUGCGAAGAACUUUUUGAUAUUCUUGAUGUAUACGUCGAUAAUAAGAAAGGAAGAAAUGCUGCUCUUUGGCCGCUGCAAAUUAUGUUGCUAGUAUUAUCGCCUAAAGUAUUGGAAGAGAUUGUCAAUGCGGAUACUGGUAUAUCUAUUUCACAGAAACAUGAAAAAAAGAGACAAUUUAUAACUAGUAUUAAACAAGGUUUGGCAACUCAUGGCAGUUCCAGUAGACAUUUGGUAGAAGCUGCCGCUGUAACGUGCGUUAAGCUUUGUAAAGCAUCCACGUAUACAAAUAAUUUGGAUUCCAAUAACGUCAUUUUUAAAUUAGUACAACAAGUAAUGAAUGAUCUAACGGUACUGUUGUUUAAUCCCUGCAAGCAAUUCUCUCGUGGACAAAAUUAUAUUGCUCAAGAUGUUGAUUUAAUGAUAGAUUGUUUUGUAAGCUGCUUCCGUAUAAAACCAAAUAAUAAUAAAGUACUUACAUUUGAAUUUCCAUUGACAUACCAAUUCGUCUUGGUCAGUUCGUUAUACAAAAUCGUGACAGAAUCAAGACUCCCAUGGUGGCCUCAAAUAGAUUUGGUAUAUUCGCGAAGUACGGAACUUAGAAAUAUGUUUACCGAUACAUUGAACAAAGUAACGCAGAGUUAUUCGCACACGCCGUUGCGAAUGAUACAAAGCUUAACUCUCAAGGGAAAAGAACAAAGUAAAUGCAAGGAUAGAGGGGAAGAGGUUUUUAGUUACAAAAAUUUGCUCUUAUGUAUGGUACGACUUAUUCACGCAGAUCCCAUGUUGAUGUUGAAUAAUCAAGGUAAAGCUGGACAUGAAAUGCAAAGUUCAACGUUAGAAUUGAUCAAUGGUCUUGUUACUUUGGUCCAUCAAACAACGAUGCUAGAUAUAGCUAAUGAAGCAAUGGAAGCAUUGUUAGUAUUACACCAUCCUGACAAAAUCAAAGCAUGGAAUCCGGAAGCUCCAAUGGAGACUUUUUGGGACAUUAGUUCUCAAGUACUUUCUUCAAUUUCUGAAAAACUUAUUCAACAUCAAAUUUUCAACUAUACCGGUAUAUUGAAAUGGCUUAGAGAGAUUUUAAUUUGUCGAAAUGGGUUUCUCUCGCAAAAUAAAGAUUAUGCUAACGUGGGUAGUCAAAUUGCUACGUGUAAGCAAGCGCACAUUAAACUUGAGGUUGUCCUCUUUAUGUAUUUAUGGAGCAUUGAUAUGGAAGCUGUCUUGGUAUCUAUGUCAUGUUUUGCAUUAUUGUGCGAAGAAGCUGAGAUUCGCUGUGGUAGCGAUGAAGUAACUGUGACGUGCCUACUUCCCAAUUAUCAUUUAUAUAUUGAAUUAGCUCAAGCUUCUACUAUAUUAACCACUGCCAGCGGGGAUAGUAGAAUAAAUAAUCAUGAACAUAAUCAUGGACGAGCUGCUUUACAGAAGAGGAUUAUGGCCUUGUUGAGAAAAAUUGAACAUUGUGUAAAUGGUGUUCAACCUGCAUGGGAAGAAACGUAUAAAAACUGGGAGGCAAUGUUACGACAAUUAUCUAAUUAUCCCAAAACAAAGACGGAAGAUGGUCAAGUUGAAUCGUUUCAUCGUAGUACUGGAAAGAGCUUGAUGAGAAGAUCUUCUCAUCAAAAUUCGGAACAUGAAUUAGAUGAACAAAUUAACGAAUGGGCAUAUAUGACAGGGUUUCUUUGUGCAUUAGGUGGAGUGUGUUUACAAAAACGUUGUUCCAAUAGAUUGCUUUCUGGAUUACCACCAAAUCCUGAACCUAAAAAGGGCUCAGCAAAGCAGUUAGAAACGAUACCUUGUUUAUCGAGCGUCAGUCAGGAUGUACAAUAUUGUCUAGUUACACAAUUCGUAUUCAAUCUUCUCAGAUUAUUAACAUAUAAUAAUGAAAAGUUUGGAGCACAAAUACAAAAGCAUGUUCAGGAAUUAGUCGGUCACGAAAUGAGCCCUGCUUUAUAUCCAAUACUAUUUGACCAAAUAAAAAGUAUAGUAGAAAAAUUCUUUGAUCAAGGGCGAGUCAUUGUAUUAGAUGUUAAUACACAAUUUAUCGACCAUACGAUCUUUAUAAUGAAGAAUGUAUUGGAUUCUAAAACUGAUCAACCAUCGGAAUAUCUUGGAAUGACUAGUAUAGAAGGAAUGACAUUAGCAAUUGUUAGAUACGUUAGACAUUUGGAUAUGUCGGUACAUUCCAUUCAUAUUAAGACCAGAUUGUGUCAGCUCGUCGAAGCGAUGAUGAAAAGGCGCGACGAUUUAGCAUUUCGACAAGAGAUGAAAUUUCGAAAUAAAUUAGUGGAAUACCUGACCGAUUGGAUAAUGGGCGCUACGCAUCAAAUAGCUCCGCCCAGUGGUGCUGAUGUUACGAUUAUUACAAGGGAAUUGGAUCAAGCGUGUAUGGAAGCAGUAGGAGCAUUGUUACGUGGACUUCCUCUUCAACCUGAAGAAUCCGAUCGUGGUGAUCCCAUGGAAGCAAAGUCACAAUUAUUUCUUAAGUAUUUUACACUUUUCAUGAAUUUGUUAAAUGGAUGUAACGAUGGGGCAGCCGAUGAGAAAGAUGUAGUGUCACGACAACCACAAAUAAUCGGCAAAUUGUCUACGUUACGUAAUGCUACAAUACAAGCAAUGAGCAAUCUUCUCAGUGCAAAUAUUGAUAGUGGCUUGAUGCAUUCUAUAAGUUUAGGCUACAAUCCGGAUCUUCAAACACGAGCAGCUUUUAUGGAAGUGUUGACAAAAAUUCUACAACAAGGAACCGAAUUUGAUACACUUGCUGAAACAGUAUUGGCUGAUAGAUUUGAGCAAUUAGUUCAAUUAGUUACAAUGAUCAGUGAUAAAGGAGAAUUACCUAUCGCUAUGGCAUUAGCUAAUGUAGUAACAACAAACCAGAUGGACGAAUUGGCACGCGUUUUCGUAACCUUAUUUGAUGCAAAACACUUGCUAUCGCCGUUGUUAUGGAAUAUGUUUUAUCGAGAAGUUGAAGUAUCUGAUUGUAUGCAAACGCUUUUUCGUGGCAACAGUCUUGGGAGUAAAAUUAUGGCAUUUUGUUUCAAGAUUUAUGGCGCUAGUUAUUUGCAAAGUUUAUUAGAACCAUUGAUUAGGCCUUUGCUUGACGACUGUACAACAGGAUUUGAAGUUGAUAACGCAAGAAUAGACGCGAAUGAAGAUAUAGAACAAAAUGGACGUAAUUUGAUUGCACUGACUCAAAAAGUAUUUGAUGCCAUAGUAUCCUCUGCCGAUAGAUUUCCUCCACAAUUGCGCUCGAUGUGUCACUGUCUAUAUCAAGUACUCAGUAAAAGAUUUCCUCAGUGUCCACAAAAUAACAUCGGUGCUGUUGGAACGGUGAUAUUCUUACGUUUCAUUAAUCCAGCUAUAGUGUCGCCUCAAGAAAUGGGAAUAGUAAAUAAACCAGUACCGAUACAAGUCAAACGUGGUCUCAUGCUGAUGUCAAAGAUAUUGCAAAAUAUAGCAAAUCACGUUGAAUUCAGUAAAGAACAACAUAUGUUACCUUUCAAUGAUUUUCUUCGAGCACACUUUGAAAUAGGCAGAAGAUUUUUCAUACAAAUAGCAUCGGAUUGCGAAACGGUUGAUCAAACCAGCCAUCCUAUGUCCUUUGUAUCCGAUGCAAAUGUUUUAGCUUUGCAUAGACUUUUGUGGAAUCAUCAAGAACGAAUUGGUGACUAUCUAAGUAGUAGUAGGGACCACAAAGCUGUAGGUAGAAGACCUUUUGACAAAAUGGCUACAUUAUUGGCAUAUCUUGGUCCUCCAGAACAUAAACCAGUCGAUUCUCAUUUAUUAUUUUCAUCUUACGCUCGAUGGUCAAGCAUUGAUAUGUCGUCGACUAAUUUUGAAGAAAUCAUGGUGAAACAUAACAUGCACGAAUUGGAUGAGUUUAAAAGUAUCAAAAGCUUGAACAUAUUUUAUCAAGCAGGAACAAGCAAACAAGGCUAUCCAGUAUUUUAUUAUAUUGCAAGACGUUAUAAAAUCGGAGAAACUAAUAGCGAUUUGUUAAUAUACCACGUCAUCCUUACUUUAAAGCCAUUUUGCCAUUCACCAUUCGAAUUGGUUGUUGAUUUCACUCAUACUUGUUCCGAUAAUCGAUUUAGAACGGAAUUCUUACAAAAGUGGUUUUACGUGUUGCCUGCAGUCGCCUAUGAAAACAUUCACGCUGCGUACAUUUAUAAUUGUAAUAGUUGGGUACGAGAAUAUACAAAAUUUCAUGAUAGAAUCCUGGCACCUUUGAAGGGAAAUCGUAAAGUAGUUUUCAUCGAUGGGCCUGGUCGUUUAAAUGACGUUAUCGACAUGGAGCAUCAGAAAUUACCCGGAGCAACUUUGUCUCUUGACGAAGACUUGAAAGUUUUUACCAGUGCUUUGAAAUUAUCCCAUAAAGAUACUAAAGUUUCCAUAAAGGUUGGACCAACUGCUAUACAAAUUACCUCUGCCGAGAAAUGUAAAGUAUUAUCACAUUCCGUUCUCUUAAAUGACGUUUAUUACGCCUCAGAAAUAGAAGAAGUUUCAUUGGUAGAUGACAAUCAGUUUACCCUUACUAUAUCCAAUGAAGCUGGUCCAUUAUCCUUUAUUCACAAUGACUGUGAUAGCAUUGUGCAAGCUAUAAUUCACAUAAGGAAUAGAUGGGAAUUAUCACAGCCAGAUUCUAUGUCAGUUCAUCCUAAGAUUCGACCUAAAGACGUGCCUGGUACCUUAUUAAAUAUGGCUCUAUUAAAUCUUGGCAGUUCUGAUCCAAACUUACGAACGGCCGCGUACAAUCAAUUGUGCGCAUUAACGGCAACGUUUGAUUUAAAAAUUGAAGGUCAACUAUUGGAAACCUCUGGUUUAUGUAUACCAUCGAACAAUACAAUUUUUAUUAAACAUCUCAGCGAGACAUUAGCCGCAAACGAUCCACAUUUAACUCUUGAAUUUCUCGAGGAAUGUAUUCAAGGAUUUCGAGUGUCUACCAUCGAAUUAAAACAUUUGUGUUUGGAAUACAUGACGCCAUGGUUGAAGAAUUUGGUCAAGUUUUAUAAACCAAACGACGAAGGUGGCAAACGUCAGAAGCAAGUAUCGCAAAUAAUAGAAAAACUUAUUACAUUAACGAUCAAAGAGGUCGAAAUGUAUCCAAGUAUCCAAGCUAAAAUCUGGAGCACCAUUGGAAGAUUACCCGAAUUAAUAGAUACGGUUCUUGAUAAUUUUAUUCAACGUAGCGUUGGAAACGAAUUGGGCUCGCCGAGAGUUGAAAUAAUAGCGGAUACAGCUGUGGCUCUUGCUUCUGGAAAUGUUCAAUUGGUAGCCAAGAAAGUAAUUGGAAGAUUAUGCAGAGUGGUUGAUAAAACUUGCACUUCGCCAACACCUUCUCUCGAGCAACACAAAAUGUGGCACAGCAUAGCUAUUUUAGCGCGUUAUUUAUUGAUGCUAUCAUUUAAUAAUUGUUUAGACGUGGGAAAAAAUUUACCAUAUCUCUUUCACACAGUUACUUUUUUAGUAUGUUCUGGAAGUCUGAGUAUGCGAGCCUCUACUCAUGGUUUAGUUAUCAAUAGUAUACAUUCUCUAUGUACCUGCAGCUCGCCACAAUUUUCUGAAGAUACGCACAGAAUAUUAAGGAUGAGCCUAGAUGAAUUUUCUUUACCUAAAUUUUAUCUUCUAUUUGGUAUUAGCAAAGUAAAGUCUGCGGCUGUAACAGCAUUUAGAACUACUCAUCGUUACUCGAACGAGAAACGUUAUGGAAACGAACGAAACGUUUGUGGAACACAGGACAGAGAAAGAUUGUCUUUAACGAAUUUGGAAGUAAUUACUGAUGCUCUUCUUGAAAUAAUGGAAGCUUGUAUGAGAGAUAUUCUCAAUUGUGAUUGGCUUAAAACGUGGACAUCUUUGGCUAAGAGUUUUGCAUUUUGUUUUAAUCCUGCUCUACAACCGCGUGCUUUAAUCGUCUUUGGUUGUAUAAGUAAAAGUAUUAACGAUCAGGAUAUGAAACAAUUGUUAAGGAUAUUAGUGAAAGCUUUGGAAAGUUUUAAUGACAUUACACUUUUGGAAGCAAUCGUGAUGUGUCUUACGCGCUUACAACCACUUCUUAGGCCUGAAUCGCCAAUACACAGGUAUUUAUUUUGGGUGGCCACAUCUGUCCUUCAAUUGGAUGAAGCAUCUCUAUAUGCAUCUGGUUUGGCUCUUCUCGAACAAAAUUUACACACUCUUGAUUCUCAGGGUACUUUUGAUGACAAGACUUUAGAGCGAGUAAUGAUGUCGAUGCGUGAACCACUGGAAGGACAUUUCAAACAAUUGGACAAUGCAGUAGGAUUAUCAUUUAAAUCUAACUUUCAUUUUGCAUUAGUUGGACAUCUUUUGAAAGGAUAUAGACAUCCCACUCCAACAACCGUAACAAGGACAGCUAGAGUAUUAACUAUGCUAUUAGCUAUUGUAGCUAAACCAUAUAGAAGAGAUAAAUUUGAAGUAUCACCAGAGAGUGUGGCUUAUUUAGCUGCUUUAGUAUCUGUGUCAGAGGAAGUCAGAAGCCGAUGUCAUAUCAGACAUUCUCUUAAUAAGAAUAAUACAGAAUCUGGUAGUACAGAUUUUCUUGAUUCUUUGGUAUCUCAUGUUACGGAUGCACCUGGAAAUACUAGCAAUCCAACUAAUCGAAGACAAAAGUCCUGGGAUCUUCUAGACCAAUCUGCGCUAACUCAAGCGAAGCAACAGAAACAAUACUCCGCUCAUCAGACUGGCCGAAUUUUAUUUAAAACGCAGCGAUCCUUCUCUGUACCCACCGCAAAGGAAACCAAGCCAACCGAUGAUUCAGAGCCAAAGAAUCGUAGUGCUAGAGUGAGCGUGAGUAAUGAAAAUAACGUGUUACUUGAUCCUGAAGUAUUAACGGAUUUCCCUACGCAAAUCCUGGUUCUCACUGUUUUGGCAACUUUGGUUAAAUACUCAACGGAUGAAAAUGAAACGCGUAUUCUCUAUGAGUACUUAGCAGAGGCAUCGGUGGUCUUUCCAAAAGUUUUUCCUGUAAUACACAAUCUACUCGAUGCAAAAAUUAACACUGUAUUGUCUUCCUGUCAUGAUCAAGCCAUUUUAAACGCUGUACAAGCAAUCAUACAAAACAUGAUUGCUUGCGAAGAUACAAGUCAACAGCAGCUUCACUAUUUACAAAGUUAUGGUUUUGGUGGAUUAUGGAGAUUUGCUGGGCCAUAUUCGAACUGCAAUUGUACGGCAGAGAGUGCGGAGCUGUUUGUUAAUUGUUUAGAAGCAAUGGUAAAAUCGUGUCCUCCGGUCGAAGAAAAUGAAAUUGCGAAUAGCAACGAAGCAUCAUCUCAAAAAAUUAAACGUGUCGUAAGCGAUGGACACAGUUCAGAUAAUACAUCCAUCAAAUCUAAAUCUACUAAUUACGGAAAUGAUCGUAUGAAUAUACGUACUUUCUCAGACGACACAGAUGAUUCACGUGGCACUUCUUUUAUGCGCAGAGAUCAUAGUAUAGAAAGUAAAGGAGGCAUUUCCACGGACUCAAUGAGUCAAGCAGAAAUUACAAAUAGUAGUAAUGGUGGUAUACCUUCCUAACGAUUAGUACGUCAGUAUUGUAAACAACAUGGAAAAUUACAAAGGAAAGGUCAAUGCGUUCGAAGUGUAAAAAGUCGAAAUAGGUAUAUGGCUCCAACAUACCGCAGUAAUAUCUCCAGUCACUUUAAUCCAAUGCCGUCCACCUCACGCUAACGAGCCUACAGGAAUGGAUGCAAACAACCAACCAACCAAUUAACCAACCCAACCAACCAACCAACCAAAUAGCCAAACAACCAACCCAUUGGUAGCUCUUCAUUUAUUUUCAUUAGUAAUAUGUACAUAUACGUAUUUGCAUACCUUUGCAUUGUUUUCAAAGUCACCUUUAAGCAGGCAUCAACGAGUAUACAGUUGAUAUACAGUCUUGUAAAUAAUAUUCAUCGAAUGUUAAUAAGGCUGAGUGAUAAUGAUGAUUAAUGCCUAACAUUAUUUCAGAUAAUUAAAAUUUCUUCAUUCAUACACAUCAUAUUAAGUAUAUACACAUACACAUACACAUACACAUACACACAGAGAGGGGAGGGAGAAGAGAGAAAGAAAGAGAGAGAGAGAGAGCCAUUGAUCAUUAUUCACAUUCGUUUCUUACCAUUGGGCUAUUUUAUCUUAUUUUUCUCUUUUUUUUUUUUGUUUAUUUCUUUUUUAUUUCUGUUAUUCUUUUUCUCCCAUUAAGAGAAAAGCUAUAGAUCAUACAUAAAGUUAUUAUUAAUAAUAUAUAAAAUUUAUAUCCUCGUACAGUAUUUGACGAGUUUUAAACAAGCAAAAGAAGUUCUGGACCAGUGUCGUUCUUGGUACUCAAAUGCUUUCUGUCUCAAAGCGUUCAAGCCUGAGGACGAAUAUCUUUAGAGUCCUUAAGUAAAACACCAAUGAUUCUAUUAUCUAAUGUUUAUUAAAGUACAAAACGAGACCAUGCGUUAUUUACCCGCAGUUUGAAAAACGGGACAUUUUAGAGUAAUAGAAAAACGAUGAGACCGACGUAAAUUUAGGAUUUCUUCUUCGUCUGGCGCAAAGACGAUGGAUUAUACAUACGAAGUAGUAUAUAAUAAUAGCUUUCAUUGCAGCAAUAGAAUAUAUAUAUAUAUAUAUAUAUAUAUAUAUAUAUAUAUAUAUAUAUAUAUAUAUAUAUAUAUAUAUAUCUAUAAUAAAUGCGCACAUGUACGUUUGUACAGAACUUAAAUACGAGUAUAUAUAUGUAUGUAUGUAUGUAUAUAUAUACAUAUAUAUAUAUCUAUCUGUAUAGAGAUGCGUUUUUAAAAAAAUGUAUAAUAUAAUUAAUUUCAUGAGAUAAUGAUCGUUUUUAGAGAUGAUAAAAAAGGAUUUAAAGAAAAGAAAAAGAGAUUUAACACAAUAAAAAAAAAAAAAAAGAAAAAAAGAAAAAAAAA